UUCUUUUACGCAACCUCUCGUUGUUGUAUCAUCAAGGCAAUAUGGGUCGUCUAAGUCGGACUAUCUACGUCGGAAAUCUUCCUGGUGAUAUUCGGGAGAGAGAAGUAGAAGAUUUGUUUUACAAGUAUGGUCCCAUUGUGGAAAUUGAUUUGAAAGUUCCACCUAGACCACCUGGUUAUGCGUUCGUAGAGUUUGAAGAUCCUCGUGAUGCUGAUGAUGCCAUCCGUGGGCGUGAUGGCUAUGACUUUGAUGGGUGUCGCUUGCGAGUUGAACUUGCACAUGGUGGGCGAGGAUCAUCAUCAUAUGAUCGCCACAGUAGUUACAGUAGUGGGAGUCGUGGUGGAUUUUCUACGCGCUCUGACUAUCGCGUACUGGUCUCUGGACUACCAUCUUCUGCUUCAUGGCAAGACUUGAAGGAUCACAUGCGACGAGCUGGAGAUGUCUGCUUCUCUCAAGUUUUCCGAGAUCGUGACGGUAUGAGAGGGAUUGUGGACUAUACCAACUAUGAUGAUAUGAGAUAUGCGAUAAAGAAACUUGAUGACUCUCUGUUUCGCAAUCAAUUCUCUCGAGCAUAUAUUAGGGUGGACAAGUAUGAUAAGAGGCAUAGCUAUUCCAGGAGUCCAAGUCCAUAUUAUUCAAGAAGCAGAAGUUACUCAAGAAGCAGGAGUCCUCGACGAAGCUAUAGCAGCCAGAGCGGAAGUGUAUCUCCUAGGGGUAAAUACUCUCGUCGCUCUGUGUCUGUCUCACCCUCAAGGGAUUUUUCCCCUGCUCGCUCUCAUUCAAGAUCUCUAUCAAGAUCCAGAUCUCCACUUUCACCUCCACCUUGUAGGAGGCACGGAAGGAGCCCGAGCCCGAGCCCGAGCAGGAGCAGGAGUCUGUCCUAUUCUCGCUCUUCGGGGAUAUCGGAAUGAGACUUCUACAGAAACAAAGCGGAGAUUGUAGCCAAAAUAAAGUAGUAUGCAGACUUGCAGGAUGUGAAGGAACUGGCUUUUAGCGCAGUGCUUACUAUGGAUAAAUCUUUUGAGUUGUUGUAAUGGAGCUUUGAAUUCUAGCUAGCUAGUUGCGCGUUUUAGAAACUUGUUCUAGUUUAAUCGCCAUGCAUGCUUCUUGAACUGCUAAGUAAAACUUGAGGAUGUAUAUCUGUUACAUAUGACCCGUGAUUUGUCACUUGUUGCCUGC